GGUGGGGAUCGGGGACUUGAACCCGAGGCCUUACACAUUGUAAGAUGUGCGCUCAACCAGGUGCCCCAAACCCUGGCCUCGUGAUUGUAGUCAAUAAACAUCAUUUCAGUAGCUGAGCAACUCUGCCACAGACGGCCUAGCCUCCUCCGCCUUUGGGAAGGUACCUGGUGCCCCGCCUCUCAGACAGGCGUGGCCCCGCCCACUAGCCCUUCUACGCCUGCGCGCUCCGAUGCCAGCCCCUCGUCUCCCCGCAUCCUUGCAGUGCGCCUGCGCACGGCUUCAUGUGCACUCUGGCCGUCAGUGGGCCCAGCUGAGCAGCUGCCGCAGGUCCCUCGGGUGACAAGGCCGCCUGCUUCUCUGCUGGGCCCGUGGGGCGUCCACACCGCCCUUUUCUGUCUCUCCCUUUCCCCCAGUGCGCGUCGCCAUGGGCAAGAGCCGGACGAAGCGCUUCAAGCGACCUCAGUUUUCCCCCACUGGCGAUUGUCAGGCCGAAGCGGCAGUGGCAGCGAACGGGACUGAGGCGGAGGACGAGGACGGCCCGGCGGCAGAGCUGCUGGAGAAGCUCCAGCACCCGAGCGCCGAGGUCCGCGAGUGCGCCUGCGCGGGGCUGGCGCGCCUGGUCCAGCAGCGGCCGGCUCUGCCCGGGCUGGCGCGCCGGGACGCGGUUCGCCGCCUCGGGCCGCUGCUGCUGGACCCCAGCCUGGCGGUGAGGGAGACGGCGGCCGGCGCGCUCAGAAAUCUCAGUGCUUGUGGAGGUUUCGAAGUUUGUGAUGACAUGGUGGCUAAGGAUAUCAUGACUCCUCUGGUCGCACUACUGAAAGAGUGUAGUGCUGGACUGGAUUCAAAUGAGAUGUCACCACAGGAAAAAAAAGAUGAAAGCAAAAAUUCUAUUGAGACCAUAGCUAAUGAGGCUGUGAACGUGCUGUGGAAUAUCUGUGAAUGCAAUAGUAGAGCAGUCUCUAUAUUCAACAAAGAAGGGUGUUUGGAGAUUGUUUUAAAGUAUUUAAGUAGGUUUUCCACCAAUGUUGACCUGGCUAUUUCAGUAGCAUAUUGUUUGCAGACAGUAACUGAAGAUAACCCGGAGCUACUGAAAUCUUUUAGUACCCCAGCAUUGCAGGUGCUGGAGUCAGCAAUGCUUUCUCCUGUCAGUUCCAUGGAAUUCAUUUUAUUAAAAACAUUGGUGGCAGGCACAGUUUGGAAUCUAAGAAACAUUAUUCCAUCCAUGAGUCAAGCUGAAAUCAUUAAUGCUAUACUAAAGAUCUUAGCCGACGUUUUGGAACUGGAUAUGGGUGAAACGAUCAUUCAGAUGAAGGAGGCAGAAACUCAGAGGCUGAAAUCUGCCGCUGAGAGCGAGGAGACAGUAGAGAUGGCUAAUGGUCAUGAUUUGAUUGAAGACGAAGAAAUGGAGGAACUUCCUCAGAAAAGAAAAAUCAGAAGGAAAACUUACACUUCAGAUUUACUUCCAACCACUGACAAGGAACUAAGAGAGACCAUAGCGUUGCUGACAGCUCAGCAGACAGCUCUGGAAAUUAUUGUCAACAUGUGUUGCAAUGAAGACCCCUCUGAUGAUGAGUGGGAAGAGCUUUCUAGCAGUGAUGAAAGCGAUGCAUUUAUGGAGAGUUCCUUCAGUGAUGGUGGUGGGCAGCUGCUCUCCCCGCUGUGCCUCUCCGAUGAGAUCCACACUGCUCUCACCAACUAUCUUAUCCCAAAGAAGGUUUUUGAGAAGACUACCUUUCCAAACAGCAAUGCAGUUGAAGUGUGUUCUAGGAACCCUUCUUGGAAACCUUUGAUUAGAAAAAUGAACACUAUACAGUGUAGAGCCCUCAUGUGUCUCCAGACUCUCGUGUCCCUCCUAGAUGUAGGCCAUCUGGGAGGGGUUCCAGCCCUGCAGACACUUGCACAACAUCUGUCACAGCUGCUCUUUUCUCAACCAGAUUUUGAUAAGAAUGUUGACUUUCUAGAAGCCAUAAGUAGUGCCUUGAGAGCGCUUUUGCAAACAAUGGCCUCCAAGAACAUUUCUCAGUGUAUGACUCCUGAUCAGCUGAUGACUUUGUGCAAAGUAGGCAUUUGCAGUAGCAACAUCAGUGUUAGAGUAAAUGUCGUCAGUAUUUUAGGAAUCACUGGCAGCGUUCUAGCCAAAGAAGAAGGUACACUUGAAACUCUUAAGACCAUUGGGAGCUUUCUACUUGAGGUUGCCACCAAAGAUCCUUCCUUGGUAGUAGCAGGAGAAGCUCUGGAUGCCCUCUUUGAUGUUUUUGCAGAUGGUAAAGAAGCUGAAAAAGCCUCAGUUCAAAUUAAAUUGUUAUCUAUGCUGAGAGAAUUUCAGCCUAUCUUUAAAAUGAGGGCACUGCUCAGCUCCGGUUUGUACUAGUGCUGGGGAUUAAACCUGGGACUUUAGAGCCUCAUGCAUGAAUCAUUAUGCUGUCUUCCCUGGAGAACUAUUUUAUUUAUUUAUUUUUUUACUUCAUACAUGAUUUUACUUCUCCUGGGCUGACUCUAGCACUGAGAGCGUAAGAGAGACACUACAGUGCCAUAGCUUCCACCAGCACCAUGGUAUUUCUGUGAGCUCAAACCUGGGCUGUGCAUGUGACUGGGCACAUACCCUAUCCAGUGAACACCUAAUGAGCCUGCCUGUGUCUUCCUCCCUCCCUCUCUCCCUCCCUUCUUCCCUCCUUCUCUCUCUCCCUUCCCCUACCUCUCUCUCCCUCUUCUCUCUCCCCCCCACUCUCCCUCUUUCCCUCCCUCCUUCUCUCUCUCUCCCCUCCCCUCUAUAUCUCUCUCCCUCCCUUCUCUCUCUGUCCCCCUCCACCCCCCCCCAUCUCUUUCUCCAGAUCAGUUCUCAGCUCUGUCUUAAACUGGUGUCAGGAAUUGAACCUGGACCUCAAGUGUGCAAAUCUUGUGGUUUGACACAUUGUGUUGUCUUCCUGAUGAAGUGUCUCUUCUUUUUCCUCCUCCUCCUUUCUCUUCUUCUUCUCCUUCUCCUUCUCCGUCUUCUUUUU